AUGGUCGAGAUGGUUGAACAAUUGCUAUUGCAAAUUCCCAGAUACACAGAAGUGGUGAACAUUAAGGACUGGGCUCCUGUCUCCCAUCUACCUCGUCAAGCUUUUGGAAUCUGCAUAUUCACCUGCCUCACGUUCCCGAGCUACACAUAUCCAGAUGUCCCCAUUAUUGACUCACCAAGCUUUAUGCUUCUAGAGCGUAGAAGCACCUUAAAUUAA